AUGCUCCUCGUGGCUCCCGAGGGCAAAGUUGUCCAGUUUAAUGGCCCGGAUCCGAACGCCAAUAAAACCGAAACAUAUUUCGUCGGCGAUUUGCGAGUGAUAGAAGAACAGAAAAACCUUGGUGAUUGCGGCGGGGAAGUCGAGCAGCGGUACGAGGAUGGCCGGUAUCACGGCCUCUCGAACCAACUCCUGGUGCAGAUUUGCUUCGGGCGAGGGAACACCGACAGGAUUGCUUUUGAAUUCACCGCCGACGUCACGGAAAACAAUCAGAAUGUUAAA